AUGGACUUUUUGGAAAAUCUGUCUCGACAACUGGAGGACAUCCGGCUGGAUGGAACAAACGUGAGAGCUGAAUUCCCCUGUCCGCGGUCGGUCUUGCGAUAUCUCAACGACCAAGAAUCCAUGAAUGAUCCCAAUAAUUUAACAAAUACAUCAAACUUAGAAAAUGGUAUAGAUAAUGAAGGUGCACCUGAAAAUCAAUCCAGAAUACGGACAAGGAAACGUUUACAAAGGAGACAGAAACAAAAGAUAAAAUCUUUAUUUGAUAAACAUGAUAUUAAUCCCAAUGAACAAAAUCGAUCAACUACAAAUACUAUAGAGCCAUUAUCGAAUCAUAAAGAUUUUUAUCAUGAUUAUAUGCAGUUAGAUGAUGUGAAAAAAGGUUUAGAAAGUGGUGAACUUUUUGAAGGAAAUAUACGUAUUAGUCAAAAAUGUCACACAGAAGCAUAUGUUCCUUCACCGGAUAAAUCAAAGGAUAUAUUAAUAAAUGGUAUUAGAUCACGGAAUAGAGCACUAGAUGGUGAUAAAGUUGUCGUAAAAAUACUGGACAAAUCUCACUGGAGGAACCCAGAUACAGAAGAUUGUCAACGAACUGGCUUGGUGGUUUACAUAACAAGUUCCAAAGAGAAUCGUAUCGUAGUAGGAUCCUUGAUAGUUGAUAGAGGUGUUAUUCAUCGAUAUAGCACAUUAAUUCCCAGAGACUGUCGAAUUCCCAGAUUACUUGUAGACACUUCAAUUUGGCCGUUUCCUAUUGAUUUGAGGGAUGGAACCAAGGAAUCAAAAGAAUUGUUUUAUGCUGUCUUCUCACGCUGGGAUAAUUACAAGACUCCCUUUGGAGUAUUGAAAGGAGUUUUGGGAGAAUCAGGAAAAAUAAAUGCAGAAACUGAAGGUAUACUGAUUGCUCAUGACAUACAGGAACAUCCAUACCCAGAUGAUAUAGAUAAAUAUUUUCCGCCACCGUUUUCUGUGGAAGAAGAACUGAAACACAGGAAAGAUUUCAGAAAACAUUGCAUUUUCUCCAUUGAUCCCCCUACCGCCAAAGAUCUAGACGAUGCGCUUUCCUGUGUACCGCUUCCAAACGGCAAUUUUGAAAUUGGUAUUCACAUAUCUGAUGUGACAUAUUUUGUCAAGCAAGGUACACCAUUAGAUGAAAUUGCAGAAAAAUUGGCCACUAGUGUUUAUUUAAUACAAAAAGUAUAUCACAUGUUACCUCCAGCUUUGACAAUGAUGGCAUCAUUACUACCAGGAACCGAUAAACUUGCUGUCUCUAUCACUUUGGAAAUGACACCCGAUGCUAAUGUGAUUAGUCACUCUUUUAGUCAAUCUAUUAUACACUCUUGCGCUCAAUUGCAUUACGCACAUGCUCAAAUAUUCUUAGAAAAUCCUGAUAAAAAAGAUUGGGAUGAAUCUGAGUUUCCUACUGUGUAUAAUGGUUAUACAGUCAGUGACUGUGCAACAGCCGUUAGCCAUUUACAUAAACUUGCGGCAGUGAUGCGAGAGAGGCGUUUUGGCUCUGGAGCUCUGGCGAUCAACCAACCCAAGUUGUCUUUUGAAAUAGACAGAGCUACAUGCGAGCCACUGUCAUAUUCGUUGUAUAUACUCCACGAGAGUAAUUGGUUAAUAGAAGAAUUUAUGCUUCUUGCCAAUACAAUGGUCGCUGAACAUUUGAAAACUCACUUCCCAACCACAGCUAUGCUCAGAAAUCAUCACGCACCAGAUGUUGCUCCUAUGGAAAAAGCAGUGAAACUAUUGAAAACACAUGACAUUGAUAUUGAUUUUACUUCAGCUGGAUCUAUUCAUAAGUCUAAAGCUGUCUAUUGUCAAGGUGAAAAUUCAAAGAAUUCUCAUUGGGAUAUUAUUAUUAACAACAUUCUAUCAAAACCGAUGGUUCGUGCCGAAUACUGUGUUAUUGAUCCAAACAGACUUAUGUCUCAUUUUGCACUCAACGUACCAUAUUAUACACAUUUUACCUCUCCCAUUCGUAGGUAUCCAGACAUAGUCGUGCACCGUAUGCUCAUAUCUUGGUUAACAAACAAGCCAAUCAAGGAAUACGAAGACCCAAAAGUCAUUGACAAGAUAGCCAUCAAUAGCAACGACAAAAAGAAUAACGCAAAGAAAGCGUCAGAAGCUAGUGCAGAUAUUUAUGCUGCGUGUUUGAUCGGUAAACUGGGAGGCCUACAGGUGGAUGCAGCUAUAAUGGAAAUAAAAGAAAACUAUUUUGAAGCCACAGUCCUCUCAAUGAACAUGAACGUCAGAGUUUACGUGAAUAUUUCUCACAACAACCCAGACUUGGUACACAAAGCCUGUAAAUUCUUUAUCUUUGACAAUAAACCCACGUUAGUUGUCUGGUGGGAUAACAAAGGUGAAAACAAGCAAACCCUUCAACUAUUUGACAAAGUGAAAUUGAAGCUCUUGAAAAGAGAGAAUUGUUUGAAAUUAAGAGCCAUUUUGAUCAGAGACGAAUAG